UUCUAGAUUAGUGUCGCACAAGGUUCAUUUCUUUGAAAAGAUUUAAUCUAUAAAAAUGUGUGCAUUGUAUGUUUUUGUAAAUGUUAGUUUUAAGCUCAUAAAUUUCUAAAUCUUCCCAUAAAAAUUGACUUUUUGUCUAAUAUUCUCAGAUGCAUCCGUAAAAAGCUUCUGCUAUGUUAUGAAAAAAUGUUCAUCCUUUCAGAACGCAGUUUUGCCUACAUAGUCAAAAUUUGUUAUUAUAUUAAAGAUCUGUUAUCUACUGAUAAUACUUUGAUGCGAAUAUUGAAGGAUAUUCAUUUAUGUUCAUUGACAUAGUUCCUUAUAUAACAUAAAACUGUAAAUACUGAAUGCACAUAAAAUUAUCAAACAUCACCCCGUCCACAUGUGUUGAUAGUGUAAACUGUAUUUUCGUAGCUCAUUGCUUUUAAAAACGCUGAUGCAGAUGAACACUGUUUGAAUGAUGUAACCAUGUUACAUGUUUUGUCAUGAUCAAAAGGGUAAAGGACCUUUGUGAAAAAAAACAUGUUGCAAAAGUAAUGGUCAGGAUCGAUCAGAAAAACGUUAUAGCAAACUAAAUGCUAAACUAACGCUCAACAAGAAAAGUCGUUUCUCAAACAUGAACUAAAUUUAAUAGUAAUUGCAUGAGAUUCAUUUGCAGUGUCAUUCUUAUCAUUACUGUUGGAAAAGUAGCUAAGAAGGAGACAUACGAUCUGAAAAAGUUGAUUUGCUUAAGUAAUCUCUCCAAACGAAUUGUACCGAAAAUGUGGUUUUAUAAGAAACAUAUUGCUGUUAACAGCUGCCAACAAAACCAAUCAUGAAAGUCAUCUUUUUGUGCAGGUACACAAACGGUCAAAAAAUUCUACGAAACCUCAACAAAUUAGUGUCUUGUAGUACAGAACUGUCGUAAAAGUACUUUCUAUUAUGAACCAAAAUCUUUUAAGAUUGGCCAAGUGUAAAUAUUUUAUGAACUGUCAUAGAGAACUAACUGACAUCCAAGGUCUGUUCGCAUAAUGGCCUUACGUGAGAAAAACAGAAAUAUAAAAUUUUUGCGCUAACAUCCGUACAACAUUCCUAUCUUAUCUGAAUAAUAAAUAACUUUCUUUCAACAACACGACGCCGGAAAAUUGAUGCGUUACCAACUUAAGAGUUACAUUCGAGGGAGAAAACCACUUUUUGCAUCGUCCACGGAAAUCUUCUAAGUGUUUCAGAACUAAACGAAGUAAAACGUUUUUCAGACUGCUUUAAUGAAAUAUUUGCUGAUGUCUGUUGAAAUUUUCUUAAGAAAAAGAACACCCAAACUAUGACAAACUUUUCUUUCUCCAAAUAUGUCACGAACUUUUCAUUCUCGCUGAUGUUUUACGGUACUUUAUUUUUUGGAACAUUGUCAGAAGGAUCAAUAGUUCAUUGUCAAUGAUGUACUCGAGGCUAUCGACUGAGGAUCACGGUCUACCAUUCAAGUAAACUGAGCAGUAACAAAAAAAAAUUAAAAAAUCCCAAAAAAAGAGAAAAAGUACGCAAAAAUAUACAUAAAAAGAGAAAAACUGAAAAAGAAAAAAAAGAUGAAACGGACAAUAAAAGUUGAAACCCCAAGAAGAAAUAUGUUUAAAAAGGACUUUACCCAAUGAGAGAAGUGUUUUAGAAUUUCAGCUUCUUUCUUCCACGGUACGGGCGUAGAGCUACUCUUGCUGAAAAAGGUGAAAUAUGAAGUUUUUAAUCCUGAAAGUGACAAACGCCUACUCAUCUUGACUUUUGCAUUAUGUGGUGGUGUAGUGGGUAUUCUCUUAGCCGUAGCUGCAGCCUACUUCGUGAGCAGGCAUUCUCGGUCCAGAGACAAGUUGCAAAACAUCACCCAACCUGACACAGAGGCCAGUCAAGAUUAUCAGGAUUUAUGCAGGCAGCGUAUGGCUAGCAAAGCCAAUGAAAAACCUGACCCCCUACAUCCAGUCAACUCUCCGAAGAAGAUCCGAAGUUUGUCCCAAGAAGGUCAAGCAAGUUCUUCAAGCCACUCUUCUACAUCAUCCUGGAAUGAAGAACCAGUGGCAUCUAGUAUGGAUAUAUCAACAGGACACAUGAUACUGUCCUACAUGGAGGACCACUUGAAAAACAAGGACCGCUUGGACAGAGAGUGGGAAGCUCUUUGCGCUUACGAAGCAGAACUUUGUUCCACUUCCGCUGCGACUCAACCGCAGAACAUCAAAAAGAACCGAUACACUGAUGUUCUGCCAUAUGAUCACUCUCGUGUUCUUCUGACUGAACUUUCGAACGUGUCUGGAUCUGACUAUAUUAAUGCCAGCAGCAUUACCGAUCAUGACCCUCGAAAUCCAGCCUACAUCGCAACACAAGGUCCUUUACCUCAAACGGCUGCUGAUUUCUGGCAGAUGAUUUGGGAACAAGGGAGUGUCGUCAUUGUCAUGCUGAGCCGCUUGAUGGAGAAUGGAGUCGCCAUGUGCCAUCGCUAUUGGCCUGAAGAAGGGAGUGAGGUGUACCACAUUUAUGAGGUGCAUCUUGUGUCGGAGCACAUUUGGUGUGAUGAUUAUUUGGUUCGAAGUUUCUACUUGAAAAAUUUGCGGACGAAUGAAACAAGGACUGUUACCCAAUUCCACUUCAUGUCCUGGCCAGAUAAUGGAGUUCCCAACUCAACUAAGGCUCUUUUGGAGUUCCGAAGAAAGGUGAACAAAUCAUAUAGAGGAAGAUCAUGCCCAAUUGUUGUACACUGCAGUGAUGGUAUUGGACGAACUGGAACUUACUGCUUGAUUGAUAUGGUUCUGAAUCGUAUGGCCAAAGGAGCUAAAGAAAUCGACAUUGCAGCUACUUUAGAACACGUAAGAGACCAACGUGCAGGAAUGGUCAAAACCAAGGCCCAGUUUGAAUUCGUGUUAAUGGCCAUCGCCGAAGAAGUCCACGCCAUCCUGAAGGCGUUGUCCCAAUAAGAUCAGUCGUCUGACCUGCUAGCCAAUCCUACGUCUGCCCAAAUCAGUGAACUUCACUUGAACACGUAAGAGCAAGCAUCUUCAAGAAUACAUGGUAUCUAAUAUUCCAAUGAAUUAGACGUCUAAAAUACAUGACCCUCUUACAGUACUGUAACAAUCCCUUGAAAAGCGGUUCUUACCCAAGUGAUCCUCCUACAGUCCCUCAUAUAACUGCAAGAAUUUUUGUCUUUUGUGCAAGUGCAUCUAUUCUGUGUUGUGAAAAAAGAUUUAGUACUCUUCUAUACAAUCGUAGGCUCCUUAAUAGAGGAUAUUUGGUCAACACUAAAGGCCAUUUGAGUUUGGAUGGAUACUUUUUUAAAGCAAAAUAUUCUUUUUUCAAACAGUUUUUAUUUACUGCGUGUAACAAAAGUUGCUGGAAGUGGAAAAACCGUUUAUUUAAGAUUGUUUAUUGAGUGUUCAUAACCAAAACAUUUAAGUUUUAACAUUAUUCCAACUUACCUUUUAGAAAAAAGCCGCUAUAAAUAUCUAAUAUUGUACAGAAAUAUUUUUCACUUCGUUUUGAUUCAUAAUUACAAAUUGUGCAGUUAAAAUAAGAUUUGUUUAACCAUGUUCAUUGAUUUAAAAAAAAUCCAAAACAUACUGUUAAGAACGUUUUUAUGGUAAUUCAGUUUAGAUUACGCAAUUUUUUGUCAAAUCCUUUUUUAAUUAACAGACAUUUUAUUUCGAUUUCUCAUUCCGUUAUUUUAACGUUUUGUGGAGCUGUAAACUAGUAAUUUAAACUUUAACGUACAUGCUUUAAAAUACUUAAGGGCGUAACGCACUUGUUCGGAAACUCGCACUGAAAUUUUAGUUUUUUUAAUUUAUUUAUUUACUUUUUAAGGAGGAUAAUCCUUAUAAAUAAAAGGAGGAGGAGAUAAAGAGAUCAAACUAAAAUGCCAGAAAUUUAAAUAAAUAUCAAUGUUUUAGGAAAACCUUUUUUUUUUUCGCUUAUGCCUUUUUGUCUGUAUGUAAAUGUUAUUUUCAUUUAUAGAUAAAUAUUUAACUAACUUUCAUAAAGAUCUAAGAAAAUAAAGCGUCUAGCAAUCAACCACACUGAACGAUAAAUACUUCAACACCAUGAAUAUUAUUGAUUUCAAAUUCAAAGGUCGUUGGCCAUUUAUUAUCUAUUAAGGAAGUAUAAUAUUACUGAAUUAUUGUAUACAGUUUGUUUUUUGUCUGUACUUUAUAUUCAUAUUUCUAAUUCCUUUUAUGCUAGACAAAAAUGCUCUAACUUGUAGUACGUCUUCUUCUAUAUGAAAUUACACUCGUUUUCACCUGCUGCGCUUGUAACUGCUAUGUGUACAUAAAAUAUUAAGCAUAAGCUCUAUUUAACUUCAUUAAGUGUGAAAUGUUUUCUUUUUUUUUUUUUUUUUCUUCAUUUUCAAAAUUUUAGCAUGUGUAGUUCCUUUAGACUGUUAUUGGCCUCUCAUUUUUAACUAACAGAAUAUCUCUGGUAACAAAAAUGCCAAGCCUCUUUAAUGCGAUGAAUAGUCUUUUUUUAUUUUAUCUUAUGUUUGUAAAUUUUGUAGUAAUACCACUUUAACAUUGUUCGGUUAUUUUCACAGUUGUACUUUCGAAAUAAUAUUGGGAAACUAUUUAUGAGUUUCGAAUAACGGAGUAGUAUGCUUUUAAGAUUAAUAUUUCUUUUGAAUAUUUUAUGAAAUAAAGUUACAAGUGUCCAACGUUUAAAGCAAAAUUGUUUUAACGUUUGAAAAGUCUACGUUAAUUAAGCUGAACUGCAUUGGAUAAACAUUUAUAUGCACCUUUUUAACAACAAGACUGCAAAAAAAGAAAGAGAGAAUCAAUAGAAAUAAUGGAUGCAUAAAGAUUUUUUAAUUUCAUAUAAUUAAAUAUUCUUUUUUUAAUUGAGCAAAAAAUAACCCAACCUAAAUAUUAUUCAUCAGUGAUUUGAAAUUUAAAAACUUAGAUUGUAAAAAUAUUUGAAAAAAAUACAUUUUCCACAAGUAUUAUCUGUCAAAUUUUAUCAAAAUGUCAUUAACACUACAUGUCUUUCACAAGAAGAUCUGAAAUCAGAAUCAAGCACUUUAAUGUAUUUAACUUUUGUUUGCACGUUUCUAGCACGUUUUUAUUCUUUUUUUUUUUUCUGGAAAAACGCACAACUUUCCAUGUUACUAUUUAUUAAAAAUAAAAAUAGCUUUUACUUGCAAACUAUAACAAAUAAUAGAGCAGAGGGGGAAAAGUAUUUGUCACGGUUCAAAACAUAUAUGUUUUAAAAAAAUUAGUUACAUAAAAUAAAAAUUUAAAAAAAAAUACUAUACAACAAACAAUACUGUAAGCAAAAAAAAAUCAAACAUUAAGUUAUCAAUUUUAUGUUGCGUUGUGAAAGAUAAUUUUGCAGCUGGCCUGCGAUGCAUUCUAAUUUUUACAAAUCUAAUAUCCUUGUUUCAGAUACAGUUGUCUACGGCAUAUAUUAUACAGUUUUGUAUGCAGAUUCUUUCAAGUAUGCACAAGACUUUUUACAAAUAAAAAAAUACCUUUCCUUACACAGCUGGUCUGUAGUGAGGAAAUCCCUGUUAUGAACGAUUGAGAAUACACAUUAGAAUAUAAAACUCCAAUUUCUGCAGUAAGCAUGUGAAUUUUUUUGUUUUUCUCCCCUCACAAAAUGCGUAGCUUAAAUAAGAAUUUAAUGCAGAGGUGUAACUGAAAGAUUUUUUCUAAUACGGCUAAAACAGUCACAAUUUUGACCAAAUAUUAAAUUAUUGAAAAUGUAAGGGUAAUCGUAAAACAUUUAUAAGCGUACAAUUAGUGUAAAACACAUGCUAUAAAUGUAAAAUCACAUUUAACUAUUAGAAAGAGAAGUCUCAUUGAAUAUUCUCAUUGUUUGUUUGUUUAGGCAUAACAGUUGCAUUACACAUGGAGUGACUUUUUUUUUCUCGCAGAGGGAGCAAAAAGUUUGAGAAAAAUGUUUAAGUAUUUUUUCAUGAGUUCAAUGGUAAUGUAAGUUAAAUAAUAAUUGGUAAUAAAUAGAAAUUGGUUAAAAAUCUUAUCCUUUUUUUUUCUUCUUCAUUCGUUUUGCACAAUAUUUAAACUGGAGGAAUAUUUGGUAAGUUUUCCAGAAAGCGUGACUAGCUGUUUUUGUGAAGGCGGUUGUAUAAUUAGCUUAUUUACUAGAUUAAUUUUUAAAAUAAUGCAAAGUAUGAUAUCGACUUUAGCAAAUAUUAUCUUUUCGAAGUAGGUAUUGAAUGUUAUAAUUAGGUUUUAAACAUAUUUCAUUUGUGGUAGCGUUUUUUCGCCUAGUUUUCAAUUUCUUUCAUUAUUUUCUUAAUAAUCUAUUUAUAUUAAUCCUUUUCAUUGUUUUUCUUAAAUUAUUGCCACAAAAAUAUGUCUUGACUGGAACAAUUAUUACCGUUCUCUGUAUUUCAAUUCAUUUAUGUAUGUAGGAUGUCUUAAAAGCUCUAGUACUUAUACUGUGAUAAAAAGCUUUAAAAUCUAGUUCAUGUGCACUAAAUUUCAACGAGAACUAGGGUAAAAAAAGAAUAAAUAGUCUAAAAACUUAUAUGAUCUUUAAAAUGCAACAUAGAUUUGAGCUGAAUGUGCUUCAAACAAAAAGUACUAAAAUAUGUCACUUAUUUAGAGUAAAAAAAAGUCAGUCUAAAAUCAAGACACUAUGGAAAUAUAACAGACAAAAUGUUUACUCAUCACGUUUAAAUAUUUAAAAGUGAGUUAAAAGAUAAAUAAUGGUUUUAACACCUUGUAGAGGUUUGAAUUUUGGUUCACACGAACUAGCUUCGAGCUUAAUGCAAGAACUAAUUUUAUAUGUUUUUUCUUGCAUUAAGAUUUUUCAUUGUAUCAGUUUGGUGAUAUGUAAAUAUCUCUUGCAAUUGCUUCCCUUAGCAGUUAACUAGUCCAAACCGUACCAUGAUUUUUACAUAUAGUAAUGCUUUAGAAAUGUAAAUAAGGAAAUAAAGUAACAUUCAAGCAAUAUAUGAAAAACGGAGGCUGGAUCAAAAAUUGUAGCUUUAUGAAGAACGAAAGUGUUGCGUUCAAGCUUUGUUUUUUUUUUUUUUUUUUUUUUUUU